AUGAAGUUCCUUCUCUUCUUCCUCGUCGCCGUCUUCCUGUCGCUGGUGGGCGGUGUCCCUGUCGAGCCAGACGGAGCGGGCUCAGCGCUACAUCAGGCUUCUAAUGGAGUUGAAGAUGUGGCAAGCCCUACCGACAAGCACUUUGCACUCCUCAAGAACACCUGUCACUCCUCCGACGUUUCUUCCACGUGUAUCUUCUACGCCAACAACGCCGCCAUCGAGCUCAUCGAGCUCGAGUCAGAGUACAAGCUUGAGAUCUGGGUCGCUCCCUCCGACAGGACAACACCCAAAGCUGAGAUAGACAAGUGGAUGGCUCUGUCCAACGAGAUCGCCGAGGUUGUCAUGAAGGCCGUCGCUGAACUACCGAGACCUCACCAUCGUUUCGUAAACACGGAUCGGCAGCUCAUUGAGCUUCAACAGCAUUGCUCCGCUUGA